UUUUAUUGUGAAGGGCUUUAGCAGACUUCCUGUUGAAAUCGAAACUAAAGUUGAGUCCGUCAGAGGAAAGUCCCUCCGUGUCCUCUGCGGGUUGAUCGGUGUGUGUUGAAGAAGCGGGUUUAAUAACAGAGGAUGAAGGUGCUGCUCCUCCUCCUCCUGUACGGUACCCAGCAGGGACAGUCUCAGCAGGGACAGUCUCAGCUGGUGGAGGUGAAGGUGGAUGAGGGGGUGGAGUCUGUCUCUCUGCCCUGCACAGCCUCUCUGAUCAACAUAGACUCAGUGAUCUGGAACCGCGUGGACCUCAGUCCCUCCACUGUUCACUAUCGUAGAGAGACAAGUUCUGGUUUUCAAGACGACCUUCAGAACCAGAACCCACAGUUUAAAGACCGGACGUCGCUGAAUCCUGAUCUCUUGACAACAAGAGACUUCAGCUUGAGUCUGAGGGACGUUCAGGUCAGUGACAGAGGAACCUACACCUGCACCGUCACAGGACAGAAGGGGGAGACAGUACAGUCUCAUGUCCUGCUGCUGGUCAGGAGCAAAGAGGAAAUACAACUGGAGAAGAAGAAGCAGAGAGACACAGCUGUUGGUCUGGGUGUUGGUCUUCCUUUAGUUCUGGCUCUGGUUGGAUUCCUCCUGUUCCUUGCUCAUCGUCGUGGAUACCUCCGCUUCACCAAACCCUCCACAGUCCAUGAGGUGGAGGAGGGGGUGGAGUCUGUGAAGUUGCCCUUCAAAACCACAGCUCACCUGCCUGAAGACGUCAGAGUGGAGUGGAGGAUCUGUGCAUCUGAGCCUGUGAUCGUCCAUGUGAAUCAGGACGGCACAGAUCAACCUGACAAACAGCACCAGGAUUACAGAGGUCGCACAGAGAUGAAGAGAGACCUGAGACGAGACCUCAGUCUGACUCUGAAGAAACCAACAGUCAGAGACAGUGGACUCUACGUCUGCAGAGUCCAGAGCAGGGAGGGAGACCUCCUGUAUGAGAGAGCAGUGGCUCUCUGGGUCAAAGGAAGAGGAGGUGAAGAGAGACAACCACUGACAUUAUCAAUCAGUGAGUCUGCAGCUGCUGAGUUGAACUGUUCAUCACCUCUGUUCUCUUGCUGAACUGUGAAACCACAGGUGGAGACAAACCCUGAGUGACCUCAUCAGUGACCUCAUCAAUGACCCUCAUCAGUGACCUCAUCAGGGCGUCUUCUUCCUCUGUGGUGUAAAACCAGUCGCCUGUGGAGGAUCUUUGAUCAGAGACAGAGGUCUCACUCUGUGUGGUGUUCAAUGUCAUGUUUCCUCUGUGAGACAGAGACAGAAUAUAUCAGCUUCAUGCUCUGAGUAUAUCAGCUUCAGCUUCAGCUUCAGUUUAAAUCAGCUUCAGCUCCUCAUGUAUCAGCUUCUCUGUCAUAGUUAAAGUCAGUGAUGUUUUUUGAUGAUUCUCUUCUGUCACAGUUUGGUGUUUUUAAAAUGUUGACUCAUGUUUAUUCAAUAACAAUAAUCUGCUUCAGCUCA